GCUCAUUCCGAGCGGAGCCGCUGCUGCGCGCACCGUCCACCUCACCUGCGGGAGCGCGCAACUGCAAAAAAAGAACAAAUCUCAGUUCCAAAACACGUUGGAUUUGAGGAAUCUCUACUGGAUUAUUAUUAUUAUAAUUAUUCAGAAGAAUUUUUCCCGAAAUUGCAUUUCCACAUCGCAGCGCGGACUGACAGACUGACCCUCCACUCCGGACCAGAAGCAACACCCGUGUGCAAACAUCUAGUAACCGUGAGGAUGAGGGCCAGUGUGCUGCUGCUGUGUGUCUUCAUGGUCACGGAGGUCGGAGCCUCCCGGUUAGUCCGGGACUCCCAGAGUGCGCCUGAAGCUUUAGAAGUCUCCGAGACCAAUUCCUCGGUCCAGCUUCCGCUGCCCCAGCCCGGUCGCCCGAGGAGCCCCCCGCCGCCCAUGUGCGUAAAGCCCACGGAAAUCAAGGAUGCCUUCAAGUAUGUGAACACCAUCAUCUCCUGUCUGAUCUUUGUGGUGGGCAUCAUUGGCAACUCAACACUGCUGAGGAUCAUAUACAGGAACAAGUGCAUGAGGAAUGGGCCCAAUGUGUUGAUUGGGAGUCUGGCUCUGGGAGAUCUGCUUUAUAUCAUCAUCGCCAUCCCCAUAAACGUUUACAAGUUAAUAGCUGAAGACUGGCCGUUCGGUGUGUAUAUUUGUAAGCUGAUGCCGUUCAUCCAGAAAGCCUCAGUGGGAAUCACUGUCCUCAGCCUCUGUGCGCUCAGCAUUGACCGCUACCACGCAGUGACAUCAUGGAGCCGGGUGAAGGGGAUGGGGAUCCCUCUGUGGAAAGCGGUGGAAGUUACACUGAUUUGGCUGGUCGCCGUUGUGCUGGCCGUCCCAGAGGCGCUGGCGUUUGACAUGUUGGAGAUGCCCUAUAGAGGCAACAAACUGCGCAUCUGCCUAUUGCACCCGGAGCAGCCAACCGUCUACAUGAAGUUUUACCAGGAAGCCAAAGAUUGGUGGCUGUUUGGCUUCUAUUUCUGCCUCCCCCUGGCCUGUACGGGAAUCUUCUACACACUCAUGACCUGUGAGAUGCUCAGUCGUAAAAAGGGCAUGCGAAUUGCACUCAACGAUCACAUGAAGCAGAGGAGAGAAGUGGCAAAGACAGUCUUCUGCCUGGUGCUGAUUUUUGCAUUCUGCUGGCUGCCCCUUCAUCUCAGUCGUAUCCUGAAGAAAACAGUCUACAAUGAGAACGACCCCAACCGCUGUGAGCUGCUCAGCUUCCUGCUAGUGAUGGAUUACAUUGGCAUCAACAUGGCCUCUCUAAACUCCUGCAUUAACCCAAUUGCCCUCUACUUUGUCAGCCAGAAGUUUAAAAACUGUUUCCAGUCCUGCCUGUGCUGCUGGUGCUACAGAACCUCCCCCCUGGAUGAACGGGGCUCAGGAGGACGCUGGAAGGGCUCCUGCCAAGUGAACGGCCUGGACCGCACCAGCUCGCGCUCUAGUCAGAAAUACACCAGCUCCUCCUAAGCCUUUUUGGACAAUCUAUCAUCAAAGCAACUUUCCCAUCAGCUCCAGAUAUGGCGAAGAAGCAGCGACAAUCAGGGUCCGCAGGGGGUAAACAGAAUCCUAUCUGCAGGAUUCUCCUGAGAAGAACAGACUCUGAGAUCAGCCCAGCAUGUAAAAAGUAACAGGAAUGUACCUGUUCAGGCUGUAAUACAAAAGCUACAUAAAACCGACACUGCA